AAAAAAAAUAAAGGGAAUAAUUGGAAAGAACAACUAACACUAGAAAGAUAGAAACAAUUAUAAGAGAGAGAGAAAGGGAGAAAAAAAUUUAAAACAGAGAGAUCGUCGAUCGAUUUAAUUGAUUGAUUCAAAAAGAAGGAAUCGAAUGGAAUGAACGUAAAGUGAUUGUAUUCAGCAAUGAAAGGCGUCUUCUCGGCGCCCGGAGAUUACGUCCACUUCAAGUCCCAAGUCCCUCUUCACAAGAUCCCUAUUGGCACAAAGCAGUGGCGAUAUUAUGAUUUUGGUCCCAAAGUGGUUCCUCCUCUCAUAUGUCUUCCUGGAACUGCAGGGACAGCCGAUGUCUACUACAAACAGAUCAUGUCCUUAUCCAUGAAGGGUUACCGGGUGAUUUCUGUUGAUAUUCCACGUGUUUGGAAUCAUCAAGAGUGGAUUCAAAGUUUUGAAAAGUUCUUGGAUGCCAUCGAUGUUCACCAUAUACAUUUAUAUGGUACAUCCCUUGGAGGCUUCCUAGCUCAACUUUUUGCUCAACAUCGUCCAAGACGGGUUAAAUCCUUAAUUCUAUCAAAUGCAUUUUUGGAAACACGCAGUUUUGCAGCAGCAAUGCCUUGGGCGCCUAUUGUUGGUUGGACGCCGUCUUUUUUGUUGAAACGAUACAUCUUAACAGGAAUUCGUGAUGGCCCUCAAGAACCUUUUAUUGCUGAUUCAGUGGACUUUGUCGUUUCACAGGUAGGCUUCUAGGAACACCUGGAACAUUUUUCUGUAUUAGUAUUUUUGUUUUAUUGUUUUGUACGAGGUUCACAUCACUUGCUUGUUGUGCCCUCAUUAUAAUCCUGAAGUAAUCUUGCUUCAGAGAUUGCAUAUAUCGCAGUUUUCCAAUGCACAGUCCUUUUUGUUAUCCUCUUAAUAGGUGCUUUAUCAUAUAUGGUCAACUAGUCUUAUU